ACUGACAGAGCGGAGACAGCGACAGGGGAAAAAUUUAACGAACCUCCGCAAAAUCCAUCUUCAUCCGCGAAGAAUUAACAAGUAUCCGUAUCAAAAACAGCGGGAGCAUAAAGUACGAAUUGCAACCUUUUUAACAAGCUGCGUAUUAGCACAAUAUGAGGUUAGCAGGUUUUUAAAACAAGUGGCGAAAGAUUGUGAGAGCCGACUUCAUCCGGAGACAACAUAGCGUCACAAGAAGACACAGUUCAACCGCUCCGGGAGGUUUUAAUGUGUUGGGUGUUUUGAACAGGCUUGGCGUUUAAACCUAAACAUUUUUUUGGGGCUAUUUUGAAGCUAGCGAGCGCGCUUGCUAGCCGAAGACACAUCGCUUAAAACCAUGGAGUUAAGAGUGGGGAACCGAUAUAGACUGGGCAGGAAGAUAGGCAGUGGAUCGUUUGGGGACAUCUACCUGGGUACCGAUAUCUCAGUUGGAGAGGAGGUAGCCAUCAAGUUGGAAUGCGUGAAGACCAAACACCCCCAGCUCCACAUCGAGAGCAAAAUCUACAAGAUGAUGCAGGGUGGAGUGGGUAUUCCAACGAUAAAGUGGUGCGGGGCCGAGGGGGACUACAACGUGAUGGUGAUGGAGCUGCUGGGGCCCAGUCUGGAGGAUCUGUUCAACUUCUGCUCUCGAAAGUUCAGCCUCAAGACAGUCCUGCUGCUGGCUGACCAGAUGAUCAGCCGCAUUGAGUACAUCCACUCCAAGAACUUCAUCCACAGAGACGUGAAGCCUGACAACUUCCUGAUGGGGCUGGGCAAGAAGGGCAACCUGGUCUACAUCAUCGACUUCGGCCUGGCCAAGAAGUACCGCGACGCCCGCACACACCAGCACAUCCCCUACCGCGAGAACAAGAACUUGACCGGCACUGCCCGCUAUGCCUCCAUAAACACACAUCUGGGCAUCGAACAGUCCAGGCGGGACGACUUGGAGUCGCUGGGCUACGUCCUCAUGUACUUCAACCUGGGUUCUCUGCCCUGGCAGGGCCUCAAAGCCGCCACCAAAAGGCAGAAGUACGAACGCAUCAGUGAGAAGAAAAUGUCCACGCCAAUCGAGGUCCUCUGCAAAGGCUACCCAUCCGAGUUCGCCACCUACCUGAACUUCUGCCGCUCGCUGCGCUUCGACGACAAGCCUGACUACUCGUACCUCCGCCAGCUCUUCAGGAACCUCUUCCACAGACAGGGCUUCUCCUACGACUACGUCUUUGACUGGAACAUGCUCAAAUUUGGUGCCAACAGGGCCGUGGAAGACGCAGAGCGGGAGCGUCGGGAGCGUGAGGAGAGGCUGAGGCACAGCAGGAACCCCGCAGCCAGGGGCAUGCCCUCGGCCUCUGGGAGAGCCAGGGCGGCUCCGGACGUCGCAGCCCCCUCACCACUCAACCCUGCCUCACACACAGGUCUGGAGAAGGAGAGGAAGGUGAGCAUGCGUCUUCAUCGUGGGGCACCUGUCAACAUCUCCUCUUCAGACCUGACGGGACGCCAGGACACAUCCCGCAUGUCCUCACAGGCCCUGUCCCGGGUCACACCCAGUGGCCUUCAGUCCGCAGCUCCACGGUGAAACCCUCCCAUCCAUCCGUGCACCAUGUAGGCCUCAACGUGCUCCACCUGCAGCGGACACACACACACACACACACACACACACACACGCCUACACCUAAAUAUUACACACACCUACACCUAAAUAUUACACACAGGACUCCUAAAUGACAGAGGACUACCAACUAAUGCUGAGUCAGGCUGCACUCUUGUUCACUUUACAGAGGAAAAGAUACACAACCAGGAGUGUGUGUGUGUGUGUGUGUGGGGGGGUGGGGUGUGAGAGGUAGGCGGGUGGAGUACAGUUUGGUAGCAGCCACGGCUUCCCUUCUUCUCCAAUGGAAGAUGUGGAACCCCCCCCCCCCCCUCUUACAGUUGAUCAAGCCAUGGAUUCACUUUCUUUUUAAACUUUGGUUUUACUUAUUUUUGUUCUUUAGCAUUAAAACUUCUCUGACACCAGCUCCACUGAUCAGACUUCACAAAGGGCUGGAGAAUGAUUCUGUAAGCUGUUAAAAAUAAAAUAGCAUGUGGGACAUUUUUGAUUCUGAAAGCAGGAAGAGGUGUGAUCCAUCAUGGCAGUGUUAAAGGACACUGAGACUCCUUACACCCCCACAAGUCAACUUUUUAUUUUGUUUAAGGUUUAAAUGUAAAGGUAGGAUAACCCACAUUGUUUUUAAGAAUAGGACAAAAGGUGUUUGAAUGCUCUAUUUUCAAAGGUGAUCCCAUAGAUCCCCCAGAGUAAUUUUUUUUAUUAUUUUUUUUUUUUUUGGGUCCUCCUCAGGUGCAUUGGAACCAGGAUGUUGUUGUAAAUCCAAAAAACACACGGCACAUUUUCUGUCUGUCUUCAGGUUGUGAUGCGGUGUGCUGCCUUGGAAAGCUGUGAAUGAAUCGAUCUGUCCACAUUGAAUGGAUGAGAUGUUGUUUUUAAGCCGGUGAAUAGUGAUGUGGUUUUGUUGUGUGUGUGUUUGUGUGGUUCUGUCUUAGGGUUCUACAAGCUCAAAGGGGGUGGGGGAUAAACAUGUUGAGGCGUAUUUACUUUCAGGGUUUUAACAUCCUGACCUCACUCUGGACCACUUGACCCUCUGGCCAUUUCCUACCUAGACCUCGUCAAACGCUCACGGUCUGCCUAACCCAUGCUUAAAAUAAUGUCAUUUUUCCAAUGGAAUGCUACAUCCUACUACUCUACAGUUUCAGUCCACCAGCACAGAGCAAACGAGGCGCUGGUAUAGCCCCAUCCAAGAUGGCGCAACAACUCCACAACGGAGGCAUAAUAGUGGUUAUUUUGCAGUCAAUAUUGUUGGAGAAAUGCAUCCUGUUAAGCAGAAAAAACGGCUCUUUAAAGAGUUUGGUCUUCUAGCCUUAUUUAAAUAAUUUAACAUUGACUAUGUGCCAAUGCAGCGGAUGUUGCUACAUGGUAGCACAGUGUACAACUAAACUAUGUCAACUCUACUGGAGCCAGUCUGCCCUUGACACAUGACAACAUUAAAGGCACACUCCACCAAGUUUACACGUCAAGAUCAGUUUAUUAGUCCCGAAGAGCACUGCUCAGCCUGUGAAAACGGGUGUAGAUUGUCAUCUGUAGAGAAGACUAUUGAGUUGCGUCAUGGGAAAUGUAAGAUCCAGGGCUUUCGGGGAUUGAUCCACACAAUGGGGAGUGGGGGAGGCUUAUAUCUUAUCCCCUUUUGCCUUCCUUUCGACCAUUUUUUAGUUUGUUGCAAGUACCACGACUUUAUGGGAGCACGAUACUAAAUGCCAAGUGUUCCUGUAUCGUGAAAUAAAAAAAAAAUAAUAAAAACUGGUGGCGUAGAUGGCGCACAAUAAAGUUCAGAGAUACAACAGACGAAAAAGGCUUAAUGUUAUUAGUGCACUUCAAUUAAACCUUGAUAAGCUGGUGUUUCUGACCAACUCGGGACACCCCCAUGAGAAGGUCUGACGAGAGCUGGCAGAGUCCGGGUAGAAAAUGGACCGGCGUGCCUUAACAUCGGGCUCAAUGGAAAGCGAGGAGGUUUUUUGGAGAGCGAGGUUUUCGGACUGAGUGUUGUCUUAAGAAAAGGUCCCAGCGCUACUGGAGCCACGGGCCCCGGUGACCUGUGUCCUUCCACCUGAGCAGUCGGCCGAUCCGACCAAUGAAUCCUGCCGAUUUUUGGAAGUAGGAAAUCCUCGAUGUGGUAGACUGGUUGCAAAGUAUCGUAGGCAGUUUUUCUGUAGUUUUGAGGGCGAAGGGGUUGUAGUGGUAAUUUGUACAUGUUUGUUCUGUUGUGUAUAGGAUGUGCUUACUGUCUACCACGUCCACGUGAGCCGCUGUACGGUUCUGGAUAGUAACGGCGGUGUAUGGAGGGACUGGGAAUGCCUCACUCCAUUAGCUUAAAAAAAUAUAUAUACACAUAUAUAUAUAUACCUCACCUGGGGGCUUGAAAGAAAAAACAAAAAGAAAAAAAAAAGUGAUGGAUUAAUUUUGUUUGUCACACUGAUGAUGGCUAUGAUAGAUGCAAGUACACUUUAAGGGAUAAUAGUUUGUUUUUUUUCUUCAGUCUGUCAUGUCUGCUUCUCUCAGUUCUUCAUUUUGUCACCUCCUGUCCAAUGUUGCUUUUAACUGCGGUGGAUAUGGUCGCUCAUGUCCCACAAUGCAUCUCUUACUGUGGAUUCAUGGGAAAUCUCUCUUUCCACUCCCACCUUAAGACUUUUGCUCCUCAUUUGUAAUGCCACUGUAUUUGUGUAUUUUAAAAGUGUAAAUAAAUUAAUAAGUACUUGUA